AUGCUUUAUUGUCACAUGUUUUUUCUUUUUCUCUUCCUUCUUACACAUAAUGGCUGGAGGGGAGAGCCUUUUGCUUCACUCAUGCCGGGGCGUGAAAAGGGGCGUCGCGUGAAGCGUCAGAAAAACCCACUCGGGGAGGAUCUGCACGCCGAUCGCUUUGCCAGUGCCAGGCGACACGCAGUUGCGGUUGAAGACGACGGGGACGCCGAUGAGAAAGGCGUUCUUUUGCCGGGCCGCACGACGAGCCGGAUUCUCAAGACCGCCCGGCAGCAACUCGAGGCGAUCGCCGAUGAGGAGCAGCUCGGCAGCGCGUACAACGCGGAAGAAGACGACGAGGGCGAUCACACUGUGACUGACCCUGGACUGGCGGAACUUGAGUGCGAGGAGGCGUGUCGUGGAGGCGUGUACGAGGAUUACGACGAGGACGAGGAGGUCGUGAUUGAAUACGAUGACACGGAGUCGAUGGCGACAGAAAUUCCCUCCGAGAUGGACGUGGGAGUGGACAUGUACGGCAUGGAUGACGAGGAGGUACGCCUGCUACAAAAGUUUCAGCCGCCAUCGCGAGUGCAGAGCCGCAACUUGGCAGACAUGAUUAUGGAAAAGAUUAGGGAGCGUGAGGGGGCACGCGAUGCGGCGGGUGACACACACGAUGGCGCCAGUGUUGGGGAGUGGGAGGAUGAGCGAGUAGAUCCACGUGUUGCGCGUGUGUACACUGCCAUUGGUAAUAUUCUUAAGAGUUACAAGUCGGGAAAGGUCCCUAAAGCAUUCAAAGUUUUGCCAAACAUUAAGAACUGGGAGCAGCUGUUGAUGCUGACGAAGCCGCACGAGUGGUCCCCACACGCCACUUAUCAGGCGACACGCAUUUUUGCAGCGAAUUUAAAUGAGCGAAUGGCACAACGCUUCUACGCUGCCGUACUGCUUCCCAUGACACACCAGCACAUGGCAACGGAGAAAAAGCUCCACCCAGCGCUCUACAUGGCGAUUCGGAAGGCACUUUUUAAACCAGUGGCCUUCUUUAAGGGGUUCAUUCUUCCGCUGGCAGCAGACGAGGAGUGUACACUUAAGGAGGCUCUUGUUGUUGCCAGCAUACUGCAACGGACGCACUUGCCACCGGUCCCAACCGCGGUGACGAUUGUGAAACUGGCGCAGCAGCCAUUUUCUGGUCCUCGCUCCGUAUUUCUGCGUGUGCUUAUUGACAAGAAGAUGGCCAUGCCUUACCAGGCAGUGGACGCACUUGUUGAGUACUUUCAUCGUUUUGUGCACACACAAAGCAGGGAGGAUAAAUUGCCUGUCCUGUGGCACCAGACCCUCUUGUCCUUCACGCAGCGCUACAAGGGUGAUCUGAAGGCCGAGCAGGUGAACCUGCUGCAGCAGGUCUGUACGAAACACUUUCACUAUCUUUUAACACCUGAGGUUCGUCGGGAGCUUAACGCCGCUCCGAAUGCCGCGAGGGCGGGAUACCGGGGGUAA